AUGUUGGAAGGCAAUAGCCAAGCAGAAGACGCUACCACGACCGACCGCGUGAGCCCGAUGGGACUGGCCACAAUAGCGUCAAGUCUCACUUCAAGCCAGCGUAGGUUGGCGGCAGCAAGUAGACAGGUGUUAACCUUGGCCGCCGGCACUGAUCACCGUGAGAUCCUGACGGGGUAUUCGUUCGACAUCGCUCAGGAGGGCCGCAGCGCCAAGGACUUUCCAACAUCUGACCUCAUCAAACUUCUGAUUGAAGAUGAGGUUGCUGCGGAUGGUCCCUUUACUCAACCACGGUGA